GCGCAGAGUUUGUCUGUUGAGCUGGGCCCUGAGCCGGGGGCUCCUCUUCACCUGUUCCGUCUCCUCUGUCACCUUGUGACCUGCAGGUACUGGGAGAUCUGUAGGGAGGACACCGGGACAUCACGGGAGCUGGGAAAUGGAACUGUUGACAUUCAGAGAUAUCACAAUAGAAUUUACUGCAGAGGAGUGGGAAUACCUGGACCCUGCUCAGCAGAAUUUGUAUAGAGAUGUGAUGUUAGAGAACCUCAGGACCCUCGUCUCUGUGGCAGUACCUAUUGAGGUAAGCAAAUGCCAGUCUUCUCAAAGCCCCAGAGAAACCCAGAAUUUUGGGCAUAGAACUGGAUUAAGUGUUCCAUCAAAUGAUUCUGAAGACCACAGAUUGAAAAUCGAAGAUGAUGUUUAUCGAUUUCAUCCAUUUGAUGAGUUCUUCAUUAAAACUUUGUUAUUCUUAUACCAACCAAUAUUACCUUCACAUGAGUAUGGUAACAUGUUUACCCAGUCAUUAUUAUUUAUUGAAAAUCAGGGUGUAAACAAUUGGAAGAAACAUGACAUAUCCAAUAAAAUAGGCCUUUUCCAGAAUUUCACCCUAAAUAAUUUCUUAGAUGUUUCUGUGGAUGAGAGAAAUUAUCAAUGCAAUAAACCUGAGGAGAAUCAAUGAAUCAACCCUUGUGUGCUAUGCAAUAUAUGAAGACUCAAUAUCCAGAGAUCCUAUACACAUGUAAAAACUGUAAGAAAGUCUUUCAACAAUGUUUAAAGCUUAUUAACCAUGACGAUAUCCAUAAUGAAGAGUAUUCCUACAAGUGUACUGAAUGGAUAGAAGCUUUUCUUCAGUCAGAGGAAGCUUCCAAAAUUCGGGAAGUUGAUAUUGGAGAAGACUCAUACAGAAAUAAUAAAUGUGAGAAUGUCUUUAAUCAGUCAACCAAUCUGAGAAACAACAUAAUUCGUAGUGAAGAAAAACCCUACAAAUGUAAACAACAUGGUGUAUCCUUCACUCUAUCCCCAAAGCUUGGAAAACAUCACGUGUUUCAUACUGGAGAGAAACCCUACAAAUGGAAAGAAUGUGGCAAAGUCUUUAAGCAGAGGUCAACCCUUAGAGAACAUCAGAGAAUUCAUACUGGAGAGAAGCCAUUCAGAUGUGACGAAUAUGGCAAAGCCUUCACGCAAUGCUCAGCCCUUAUGAUACAUGAGACAAUUCAUACUAGAAAGAAAACUUACAAAUGUAAGGAAUAUGGCAAAUCUUUUAAUGUGCAUUCAGACUUCAUGAUACAUAAGAAUUCAUGAGGAAAAGGAAUGCUACAAAUGUGAGGAAUGUGGCGAAUCCUUUAAUCAUAAUUCAAACCUUACAAACCAUCAGAGAAUUCAUACUGGAGAAAAACCCUACAAAUGUGAAGAAUGUGGCAAAGCCUUUAAGCAGAGGUCAACCCUUAGAGAACGUCAGAGAAUUCAUUCUGGAGAGAAACCGUACAAAUGUGAAGAAUGUGGCAAAGCCUUUAUCCGGUGUUCACACCUCAUGAAACGAGAAUUCAUGCUAGAGAGAAAUCCUACUAAUGUGAAGAGUGUGGCAAUACAUACUGUAGGUAAACACUACAAAUGUGAAGAAUGUGGAAAAAUCUUUACCUCUCAUUUUAACUUUAGUAAACACUAGACAAUUUUUAUUAAGAAAGAACACUACUAAGGUGAAGAACAUGUCACAGCAUUUUUGACAUCUUACUUAACAUCAAAGAAUUGCUAAUAUUGAAUAGAAACCCUAUAAAUAUGAGCAAAGAGGCAAAGCUUUUAACUGUCUUUCAGUGCUUACUGAACAACAUAAAAUUCAUACCACAAGGAAAUUCUAAAAAUGGAAAACUAUCCCAUAUCCUUUCCUUAGUGUUCAAGUCUUAGAGAGAAUGAGUUAAUUCAUACAGAAAUCUAUAAAUUUAAAAAAUAUUAGAGAAUUGGUACUCCAGAAACCUUACAAUACUCAUGAAAAGGGUUUUAUCUCAAAUAUACAUCUUAGGUAUCACCAGGGAGUUCAUACUAAGAGAAACUUUAUAAUUACUAUAAAGGUGCAGAAGUAUUUAGUUAAAACUUAAAGUGCAUGAGCGUUUUCAAUCAAGCAAAAAUUGAAGGAUGCUGGAUGUGGUGACCCACACCUGUAAUCCUAUCUCCCUGUGAGCCUGAGGAGGGUGGAAUGCCUGAGUUCUGGACUUUGAGACAACCCACAGCAAGAGUGAGAGCCCAUCUCUUUCAAAAGAGAGAGAGAAAGAGAGAGAGCUGAGCAUUGUGGUGGGUACCUGGAUUGCCAGCUUCACACUUGUCUACUGAGAAUAGCAGACUUUGCCUUGGCAUAUUUAUUGUAGAGAAUGAUGUGCCUUCAAGGUAAUUUGAUCAUUUUGUCAGGUGACCAAUAACUUGUAUUUUGACAGGUAUAAUUGUUAAUGUAUUCAGAGUGCUUUGUACUGAAAAUAUUCAAAAGCUGGCUCGUUGCCUAUAGCUCAGUGGUUACCAGGCCAGCCACAUGCACCGAGGCUGGAGGGUUCAUAUCUGACCUGGGCCUGCUAAACAACAAUGACAACUGCACCAAAAAUAGCCAGGCCUUAUGGCAGGCGACUGUUAGUCUCAGCUACUUGGUAGGCUGAGGCAAGAAUAUCGCUUAAGCCCAAGAGUUUGAGGUUACUGUGAGGUGUGAUGCUACAGUACUCUACUGAGGAUGACAUAGUAAGACUCUGU